GGCGGCAGGAAGUGACGUACCGGAAGUGCAGAGCGGCCUUGCGGAAGUGUUGCGGCCAUGGAGCUGAGCGAGAUGCUGUACAACAAGUCCGAGUACAUCGAGACGGCGUCUGGCAACAAGGUGAGCAGGCAGUCCGUUCUCUGCGGCAGCCAAAACAUCGUUCUCAACGGCAAGACAAUAGUUAUGAACGACUGCAUCAUCCGUGGUGACCUGGCAAAUGUAAGAGUGGGACGGCAUUGCGUGGUGAAAAGCCGCAGUGUUAUCAGACCGCCCUUCAAGAAGUUUAGCAAAGGGGUUGCUUUUUUCCCUCUCCACAUUGGUGAUCAUGUCUUCAUAGAAGAGGACUGUGUUGUCAAUGCAGCCCAGAUUGGCUCCUAUGUCCACAUAGGCAAGAACUGUGUCAUUGGUCGUAGAUGCGUUUUGAAAGACUGCUGCAAAAUCUUAGACAACACGGUACUACCUCCUGAAACAGUAGUUCCACCUUUCACAGUCUUUUCAGGCUGCCCAGGACUCUUUUCUGGUGAGCUCCCGGAAUGUACCCAGGAACUCAUGAUCGAUGUUACAAAGAGCUACUACCAGAAGUUCUUGCCACUAACUCAGGUGGCCUCUGCCAGGGUUUAAAAAGUCACCACUGAAGAUCUCAAAUGCUCAGCACUGUUAGUGUUCCUUACAUCUGGUUACUUUAUCCUGUCCUCUGAAGCAUCACUGACUGGGCUCACCUCCACACCUCUGCCAGCUCUCUCCCACGAUGCACCCAGCUAGCCUGUAGGCAUUGGCACAACUGCAGUAUCCAAGAUUCCUGCAAAAUGCAAAGCACAGAAUAUGCUGGCCAGGGCCAUCAACUCUGUCCUAAAAGAAAUGGCUUUCUUGAUUGGGAAAGGGAAGCUACAACAGAACUGUCCUCAUUUGACUUUCAGCAGGGUGGGACCAUGCAUGCCUGGAGGGAGAAGGCAUGCUCAUGGCAAGAACUGCCCCAGAUGGUUUUUGCACUGUUCAUGGUUUUCCUUUGGUGUCCUAUUCUGUUCCAGCAAGUAGCAUGAUCAGAUUAGGGGAUGGGAACGUAUUUUCUCACCAGAUGAUGUUAGGCUACAGAAGUAAACUCUCCAGGCCUGAGUGCAUGCGGUUCGUUGCUGAUGUUCUCUUUACUAGGUUGUGUUCCAUGUGAUGGCUAGCAAGGGAAAAAAAUAAUCAAGGAGGCUGGGUACAAUCACACCCACCUGGCAACAUGUCACCUCGGUGGCAGAGAGGGAGAAAGUGAAGAAUAUACCAACAAAAUGGGUGGGAUUCUACACAAUAAAAAUUGGCAAAGUGUCA